UCUCUGCCGAGCGCACACGCUCUGCAGCGCUUUUUACUGCUGGUUGUGUAUAUGUGUAUACAUGUUGUACGAAACGCGGCGGGCCAACACGAGGGUGUUGCGUUGCUCCCCCGCUGGUGAUGUGCGAGAGUGCAAGUUUCAGGAGGGGAGGCACGGCGCUCGAAAGCUUCGGCUAGUCUGCGCCCUCAGGGCUGCUCGCUUAUCAGUUGGGGCUGGAGUCCCGAGCGGCGCGCGUCGCACCCUCUCUCUAUCGCCCUGCCAUACAGAUUGCGAGGCUCUAUAGGACGAUUCGUUUGUCACAGUUUCUUUAGUUUGGCUAUUUUUUUGAGUGAGAAGUGGAUGACAUGGAGGGCUGACGGCUGGAGUCCCUCAAUCCAUCGACCGGCUGUUUACUAGGGAAAGCUCCGCUUAUCGCCAGCAAAGGAGGAAUAAGCAGCGGGGCGGCGGUGCUUGGUCCGGCACGUAAAGUUCGCCCAGCCAUGCUGUGCCUGGACAUGAAGUUGGUCUCGCGGCUCAGGGGCCUCUCGAGCAGCUCCUCGGCGAACAAUAGCAACGGGAGUAGCGGCGCCACGUCUCCGGGCUGUCUGUCACCCCCCGCCGGUGUUCAGCAGUUGUACGCCGAGAAGAGGCGCGGCGUGAGACGGGGCAGCGUCGGGACGGCCAAUCCCGGGAGCUACGAGCGCGACUGCAGCGACGACGAGGGCAUACCUACCAUCAAUGUCGUGAGGGAUCGCUCGAGAUCCGUUUACAUGCCCGUGCUCACCUCGUCCCAACUGAGGCACCUCAAUCGCCGAGCCAGCCACCACGUAUCUUCGACGGACACGGUCUCGCGACGAGGCGUCCUAUCACGAAGAUGCUACGGCAGCGUCGAAAUGCUACCACAAAUCGAGCAGGAUGGCAUGGACGGCCGGCGCUUCCGGGUCGAGAACGGCGACUCGCCCGGCGAAAAGGAGGAGAUGUUCGGGUCACCGAGCACCCCGGUACUGGAGAAUCCCGAGUACCAAACGCGCUGGUACUUCAAGUAUUUCCUCGGCAAACUGCACCAGAACUACGUGGCCUCGGAUCAGGAGCGCAACCCUCUGUUCCUCUCGGUGGUGAUAAGCGAGGGUGGCGAUCAGUGCGUCCCUCACUACCGAGUGAUACUCUGGCGGCGCACGGGCGCCCAGAAGAUAUCCCUGCCGUACUCGUCCAACAGGUCGAUGACCGUCAGGCAGAUCCUCAGCAACUACUUUGGCAUCGAGAAACUCGAAAAGGGCCCCAGAGAGGUCACGUCCCCCGAAAUUCAAAAGGACCUGUUACUUUUGGAGGAGCAAGAGGGCUCGGUGAACUUUAAAUUCGGGGUCAUCUACGCGAAAGAGGGCCAAAUGUCCGACGACGAGAUGCUGUCCAAUGAAACCGGUAGUCCGGGGUUCGACAAGUUCCUCGAGGUGCUGGGCCAAAAAAUUCGACUGCGAGGCUGGGACAAGUUCCGAGGUGGACUCGACGUGAAAGGUGACAUGACCGGCAAGGAGAGCGUAUACACGGUGUACGCGGGCCACGAGGUGAUGUACCACGUGUCGACUCUGUUGCCCCACUCGAAGGACAAUCCCCAGCAGCUCGAGCGCAAGCGUCACAUCGGCAACGACAUAGUCAACAUCGUUUACACCGACGAUGCGAGCCUACUCGACACCUUCAAUCCCAACUGCAUCAAAAGCCAAUUCACACACGUGUUCGCCGUGGUGACAAGCGAGAGCCUGGACGAGGAGACCACAGGCUGGCGGAUCGCCAUCUACUGCGACGAGAACGUGCCCCUGUUCGGCCCGAGCCUGCCAUGUCCACCCCUGUUCGAGGACGCGAACAACUUCCGGGAAUUUCUCCUCGUCAAGCUCAUUAACGGCGAGAAGGCGACCUUCGACACGCCCACCUUCUCGAGGAAACGCGAGCGCACGCUAGACACGCUCCUCAGGGACAUGUACCAGGAGCACACGCAAGACGGCAAGAGCAACAGCAUGUUGAAUCGGCGGGCUUUGUCGGACGUGGUGGAGACACCGGGGCGUAGGCGCGAGGAGACGCGUGCCGUGGAGAUGGUGCGGGUGGGCCAAGCCCUGAAGCUCGAGGCCAUAGUGCACGGUUUGGCGCCGACAUCGUUGGCUACCGUUGGUCCCCUGAAGCCGAGACCGUGGGAGCCGAGGUGCAUCUACCCGGAUUUUCCCUACGAAGUCGUCUGCGGCGACAUAUGGUCGGACGGGCGGCUCGUACUGGCCAGCGAGAACGGCACCUACCUCGUCGAAGCAGAUAGCAUGACGCACCGGCUGCUCUUCGACAAGAGCGUGCAAAUAAAGCAGCUGAACGUGGUCGAGCAACACGGGAUCCUGCUCUUUCGGGCGGGCGACAAGGGCAAGGACUGCAACGUCCACGUGUUCCGGUUGAGCGAACUCGAGGCCGACGCUGCCACCACCAUCAACAACCACAACAACCACAACAACCACAACAACAACAACAAUAACAAUAACAGCGCGUCCUCGGUGAUUGGUAAUUCGGAGGGGCAGGAGGAGGAUGAGGAGGACGAGGAGGACGAGUCACCGCCCGACUCUGCGAGGACGCGCAGGCCGAGCGUGAGGACGCGAGCGCAGACGAAGCAGCGCAGGCUCGAGCGCACCAAGGGCUGCCACCUCUACUGCCUCACGAGACCCGGUGGCUCGCACCUAAGGAUGUGCGUGGCCGUAGGCAGGAGAUUGACGGUGAUGCAGUGGAAGCACAGCGCCGCGUACACGCAGUGGUGCGUGCACGCGGACACCGACACCGUAGACGGCUUCAUGCCCCUCAAGCACGAGCUCUGGGCCAGCGAGCAGCCGUCCAUCAUGACGAUCAUCGAGAGCUCACUCUCGACACCGGGACGCGAGUGGACGGUCUGCUGCGGUCUGAGGCACCACUACGAGCUCAUCUACCCGGACGGCUCGAGCCGUAGUCUCCGGCACCUCGAGGCCAGCGUCAAGCCCCACCUGGUCGCCGCGCUCGACCUCUGCGAGGACGAGGAGCCCGAACUCCUGCUCUGCUACAACAACACCUGCCACUUUCAAAAGUUGUCGGACGAUUGCGCGGCGCCCACGGAGUUCGACUUCAACUGGAACUCGGUGCCGGUAGCCGUGGCUUGCGCCUUCCCCUACGUGAUCGCCUUCACGUCGGACACGAUGGAAAUACGGCUCAUCAUAAACGGCAACCUCGUCCACACGAUCGUCAUGCCCAACGUCUGGGUAUACUAUUUACAAUUUUUUAUGACCGAGGUAUUAUACACUCGUUGCUUUCACAUGAAUGGCUAA